UUCAAAAUCGUGAAACAGCUCAGUUCAUAAUGGAAUUAAAAGGUCUUUUUCUAACAAGACUGCUCUCUUUUACAAUUGGCUUAUCAACAAUGGUAACUGCAUACCGAUAUCCUUCAGCUAAUUCAAAAGUAACAGGCGGAAGUGCUGCUGAUAUAAAGGAUUACCCUUAUAUGGCCCAAAUGUUGCUUUGGGGUGAAUUUUAUUGCGGUUCUGCUAUUAUUUCAAAUGUGUGGAUUAUUACAGCUGCACAUUGUACAGCGGGCACCACAUCUUUCUCUAUUUCGGUACGUGCCGGUUCGGAUUGGAUUGGAAAUGAUGGAAUCUCAAUUAAAGUAAUUGAAAAGAAAGAACAUCCAAAUUUUAACGAAAAAAUACACGAUUACGACUUGGCAGUUGUACGAUUGGCAUUUGCUCUAACUUUUGGUAGUAAUGUGGCUCCUGUGGAACUUCCCGUUUGGAAUGAAAGGGUUUUUCCUGGCACUACGGCCACGGUGAGCGGAUGGGGAUCUAUUUAUCACGGGGGACCAAAACCAAAUCAAUUGCAUGCCGUUGAUUUGCCAAUAAUUGAACCACAAGAAUGCAAGCAGAUUUAUAAUCCGAGAGAAAUCACUGACAGAAUGUUAUGUACAUUAUACCCAAGAGGAAGCAAAGAUGCAUGUGCAGGAGAUUCAGGAGGUCCUUUGGUUGCUAAGGGCAAGCUGAUUGGAGUUGUUUCAUGGGGUGCAGGAUGCGGUUUCCCAAGCCUUCCAUGUGUAUAUACGUGCAUACCUCCCCUAAGAAGUUACAUUUUUGCAACCACCGGAGUUUAGUAGAAUUGAUAUUUCACAAUAAUUGUUUUUAAAAAUUGUCGUUAAA